AUGGUAAAACAUAAAGAGACGUCCAAAUCCUCAAAGCGAUAUAGAUACUCGUCAUUUAAAAACAGAAUCGACAACAUUAGGAUAGAGCCGGCCAAAAAUUUAGCCAAACGAGUUCAUGAUCAUGUCGAAACUUCGCACUUUUUGGCCUCGUUUGAGCACUGGGAGGAUACAAAUCUAAGUGCUACAUUUAUCAACUUCGCAGACGCUGUACGGCCCCUCUCUUCAACUUUGCCUCAAAUUCUAUUUAACGAAUCUGAAAUCUUUAACUACAUUUUCGAUACCAUUAGCAAGCAUGACGAAAAUGCGCUUCAACCUAUGCUCGACCUUUUGGCGCAAUUCUGUCACGAUCUGGGCCCUGACUUCAUGAAAUUUUAUACUAGAUGUAUGCAGAUGCUCACUCAUCUGUUGGACGACGCUGUUAAUUUCGAAUCAUCGGAUGUUUUUGAGUGGGGAUUCAAUUGCUUGGCUUACAUCUACAAAUACCUAUCUCGAAUUUUAGCUCAAGACCUUUUGCUGACAUAUGACCUGCUCUUUCCUCUAUUGUCGCACGACAAGGAAUAUUUGUCCCGAUUUUCGGCUGAAGUUCUAUCCUUUUUGGUAAGAAAAGCCAAGCAGACCAGCUUAGAUGCUUUUAUAAAUCAUACUUUUGCUCAGCUUCGCGACGACAAUACUGAACACCUUUACGAUGGUCUUCGCAUCUUGUUCACCGAAACGCUUGUUUCGACUAAGGAAUCUCUACAUUCGAAAUUCGGCAUAAUUAUGCAAACGUUGAUUCAAGCAACUCUCACGAGUGCAGAAAAUUCCAGGUGUGUUUCCGUCAUUGCAGAUGUGAUUAUGAAUGUCUUGAGGCAUGCUUCUCGUGAGAACGCCAAGCAACUCUAUGAUGUCACCCUCGGUCAAAUUGAAAACUCUCUAAAAAGUGGUGCGGAAAAUACGGAAGUAGCUACUAAACUUCUAAUACCCUUGGCGUAUGCUGAAAGUGGUCAAAAAGUGGGAUCUUGGUCAAAUUUAAUUUGCUGCAUUCAAAGACUUAUUGCACAUGCUGGUAAAAAACUUUCGCCUAGUGAUACCUCUCUAUUAUUUUGCUGUGUUUUGCGAAAUUCUCCGAUACCUGAUCUCACCCAGUGCUACAAAGAGUUUUUCUCUUUCUAUAUGAAGAAUUUUGGAGCCAACUUUACGGAGUUUUUUAAGCUGGCGCUUUCAUAUGACAGGGACAGGGUUCUUUCAUUUGGUGGCGCCAAAUAUCUGCAGAAGUUUUUCAACUCAGAAUGGCCCUUGCACUCCAAAAAGAUGGCCUUUUUUUUGCUAGAAAUUGAAAGCAACGUUGCCUUAGUCGAGAAGUUGGGCGUCAAGGUUUCUAAAGAAUUGGGCCUCGAACAGCUUUCGGCGAUUGAGUCCAUGGACCUAAAUGAUGAAGAUAUGAUUUUCGACCUUUACUGGAGGCUAUUACUUGUAUCUUACUGCGAUUGCGAUAAUUCUCGAGUGCUUGUGUCUACUUUGGACUUCUUCCUACGAGAUGGGCCUCGCAAUGACUUCGAAAAAGAUGUUAUGGGGAGAAUACUUUCGACGAUCACCGUUAAAGAAACCUCAGAGUUUAAACAACUUUUGAAUUUGGCUCUUCGAAGGAUUGAGACUAUCCAAGAUAGUAAGCUUUGCGUCCAGGGCUUGACUCGAAUAAUCAAUGAGACAGUUGCGGCCGGCUAUGGUAUCAAAUAUAAUUUUGCUCCCCAAAUUUUGGUCUCAGUAACUCAAAACUUGAGUUUGCCUGACGAUUCGAUCCGGUAUGAAUCCCUUAACUUGAUACUUGCAAUUAUUGAAUUUGAAGGAAUUCAAGUACCUCACUUUUUAAACGAAUGUCGUUUGAUCGAGGAGAUUCCUCGCAAUCUUCAAAAUGCACGUGACAUAACUAUGCGGCUAAGAAUGAUAGGAUCUGCUUUCGCGAAGACAGAACCUGAGAAUUUUGCGUGCCAUGCGUUGUUUAACUAUCUUUUCGGUAUUCUUACCGUGAGGUUUUCUCCAGUGUGGGAAGGUGUUUACGAAAUUUUACCUCAAAUCUUCGAAAAGGAUCAAAAACUAACUUGGGAUUUGUUCUUAAAGUUCAUCGAUGCCCUGGAUAAUAAUUUUGAAUUGGACUAUUACGUCCCAAAAACAGCUAUAGCCGAAGCCCAGGGUGGUUGGUCUGUGAGCGUGUCCAGGUUGAAUGACGCUUUGCAAUCUUGCCGCAAAGUUUUUACAUCAUAUGCUUCGAUUGAUAGAUCAAUCAUCGAAAUCUCUAAAGAAAAAAGAAGUGAUUUAACUUAUCCUGGUUUGAUAAGAAAUCAAGCCCUCAAAGGUCUACAAUCAAUACCACAAUUGGCAGAACGUCAUUCUAAAGACAUCGUGCCCUAUUUUUUGAAAGCUAGUCCGGUCGAUAGCGAGCUUAGUGGAGCCGACGCCUCUGAAGACAAUGAAUACCGAAGCUCUAAUACUUGGUCUGAAACCGAUCGGAAGCUACUUUUAAAGCUCAUCGGCAAAUUCAAAAACAUAAAGGCUAUUUAUCGAUCUGAAGACGUUCAUCGCAGACUCAUGGAUCUCCUGGGGAGUAGAACGACCGAAAUACAGAAGCUGGCAUUUGACGGUAUUUUAGCAUACAGGGACAAAGGCGUCAUCAAGUACAGGGACAACUUGAGAAAUCUAUUGGAUGACAAUGCUUUUAAAGAUGAAUGUCUCAAAUUACUCGCUCGCAGCGACGAGCAAAUAAUAGAGCCCCAGGAUGAAACAACAAUUAUGCCUGUUAUUUUGAGAAUACUUUUUGGUCGGGCUCAAACCCCUGUUACUAGUGGUUUGAAGAGAAGCAGAAAAGCUGCAGUUGUUACACUUUUACCCAGCUUAAAUGAAAAAUAUGUUGUUGAUUUUUUGACUCUUGCUAGCCAUGGGACUCAUACAAAUGAAAAUCUGUCACUAUCUCCGACGAUUGCAAGCUCUUCCAUGAGAAGAAUGGUUGGUUUUGUAACACUAGCUCGAGCAGCUGUGAGCGCUUUAGGCUCGCGCUAUCCUUAUGCGACCGAAAUGUUGAUACAUCCAAUUCUGCUCACGCUAAGCGCCUCUAAUGAAGUCACUCUUGGUAUUACAGACCAGGACUUUAUUUUGAAGCAAGCAAGUACUCUACGACAGUUAUCCAUAAAGUUGAUGCAUAGCAUAUUUAACACUGUGGGUGACCGUAUCCAAUGGGGUGUGUACGUUGAGAAAAUCUUCGAGGUUAUGGUCAAACCAAGGCUCACAAGGUUUGAGGACGAGAAUCUCCAGCAGCCAUCCUCACUGAUGGCUAUUAUAUCUUUUUGGGCCAGCGACGUCCGCUAUUACAAGUUCCUAUAUUACGAUGGUUGUUCAGCUGCUCAUGCGCUUAUGAGAACUUUAUCGAAGGAGACCGCUAAAGACUCUGUGAUCAGCUCAAUCUUGAUGUUUUCAAAUAGCAUCAUAAAAAAUCCAACCGAAGAGUCCAACUACAUUGAUCUUGUUACGCUCGUGGCUUCGGCCUGUCUUCAAAGUUUACCAAGCUUGCUCAACCUUGACAAGAACCAAGACAUAAAUGCAGUGUCGGCAGAUCUUCUUCUAAACCUGGUGGAUGCAGGUUAUGUUCGAGAAAACGAAGUAAAGAAACACAUUUUGAAUUCGUUAGCUCUCAUACUUGAGGGUGAGUUAAAAGCCUUUCGUGCAACAGAUAAAUUGAAGAUUUUAAAAACAAUUGCUGCUCUACUUACUGACUACGAAUGUAGCUGGCAAGAUAUUGAACCGUUAUACAAGUCGUGUUCGAAACUUUACAGAACAAUAGCGGAAAAGGAACAGAGGCAAGCUAUCAAUGAAAUAUUCUUGAGCAUUGGCAAGAACUUCCAACAUUUAAAGGGUGCUUGCACUCUUUUAAAUGAUCUGAAUGGAUAUUCCACCAAUCGAAUGGAGGCCUACAACUUUGAUACUGUUUUGCCUGCAUUCAAAAAAAUAAAUGAGGAAGGAUAUCUGUGUUUGAGCGACACGGAAUGGUUCCCAAUCAUCAACACUUGCCUCUUCUACAUUCAGGAUGAGGAGGAACUCGCUAUCAGAACAAAUGCUUCUCAUUCCUUAAAGCGUUAUGUUGAUUAUAUCAAUUCAAAGGCAACGGUAGAAGAAGCCAGGUGCUCUGUUGGCACAAUGACCUCGGAUCUCAUGCCUCAAUUAAAACAUGGUCUACGUCAUAAAAAUAUUGAUAUUCAAGCCGAAUUCAUUUCUGUCAUUGCAUACAUUGUAAGCAAUUCUAGGUACUAUACUGAAUUGCAGGAUAUGAAGGUCUUGCAAUUCAACGCAGACGAAGAAGCUAACUUCUUUGCCAACAUCACUCACAUCCAGCUGCAUCGUCGUCAGCGUGCGAUAAAGAGGUUAUCCGAAAACGCGUCCGCUUUGUCUGGAAAUAGCAUUUCCCAUUUUCUGAUACCAAUGAUCGAAAGGUAUAUCUACUGUACUGACGAGAAAUAUAGGAAUAUGUGCAAUGAAGCUAUUUUGGCAAUUGGCAAUUUGACCAAUUACGUUACUUGGAAUCAGUACAAAGCUCUCAUCAGAAGAUUUGCCUCGUUGAUGGAUAGUAAGCCUCAGUACUUGAAAGAGAUCAUACUGCUUAUUGCAAAGUGCUCCUCAGCUCUCGCUGACUCCAUGUGCGCGGUAAGGUUACAGACUGUACAUGGCCCCACGAUGGAAAAAUUUCCUAUGACACUCUCAGACCAGGAUACAUUUGUUAAAGAAGAAAUUUGCCCUAGAUUCAGUAAAAUUUUGAAUAUUCGAAAUGAUGAGACUAUUGUUGCAAGAAUGCCACUUUGCGAGUCGAUGGUAAACUUCACUAUGGGCUUGGACACUAUGGACCGAGCUUCGCUUCUACCGGGCAUAUUGAGCAGCAUAUGUCAAGUUUUGCGCAGUCGUUCGGAAGAACUGCGCGAGGCUGUCAGAAAAACUCUGGCUAAUAUCACUAUUCGAUUGGGCCCUAGAUAUUUCACAUUUAUUUUGAAAGAACUAAAGGGUGCACUAAGGAGAGGGUCUCAGAUUCACGUUUUGAGCUACACAAUCCACUCGCUCUUAAUGGCUCUCUUGCCUACUAUGGUUCAUAAGGACCUUGAUUGUACUGCGCAGCUAAUCGUGGGAGUUUUGAUGGAAGAUAUUUUUGGUACGGCUGGUCAAGAAAAAGACGCUGAGGGGUACAACUCAAAGCUAAAAGAACUCAAGUACAAUAAAAGUUACGACACAGGAGAAAUCCUCGCUGCGAAUAUUUCGUUAUCGGUUUUUGGCUCGCUACUUUCGCCAGUUAAUGCAUUGCUAUCUGAAAACUUGGGAUUGAAGACUCAGCGCAAGCUAAAUGAGCUUUUGCGGAGGUACGCACUUGGUCUCAAUCAUAACAUUGAGAGCUCGUCAAUUGAUGUUCUCACUUUGUGCUACGAAAUAUACACACAAACAGCAGAAUAUGGAGAAGUAAAGCAAAAAAACCGGUCUUACCGUCCAGGGGCAAUGGAGGAUUCAUUUUUUGUGGUCAAUCUUAAUGCCAAAACUGAAAAAGUACAAACCGAAGGUCGAUCAAACAGCGCCAUUCUUCAAAAGUUCUCCCUCGACCUUCUUAGAACGGCUUUGUCUAGAAACUCAAAUCUACUAGAGGUGGCUUAUCUUUCUAAUUUCGUGCCUCUUCUACGUGAUGCCUUGGACUCGCAAGAUGAAGGUGUGCUUAUCAGCGCUCUUCGUGUCCUGAUCGUCUUGGUGAAGUUACAAUUCACAGAGGAAAACGAGGGAAUUUUCAAAGGCUGUGCGCGGAAGGUGUUGAAUGUUAUUCACGAUUCUCCUUCCACAUCAAGUGAGUUAUGCCAGGUUAGUCUCAAGUAUCUUUCGUCCCUUAUUCGUCACAAAAAUAUAGAACUCAAGGACACCGCCUUAAGCUUUAUUCUCGGUAGAAUCAAGCCAGAUCUUAACGAGCCAAACAAGCAGGGAUUGGCAUUUAACUUCGUCAAAUCUCUGCUCUACAAGCAUAUUGUUCUUCCUGAACUAUACGACAUCGUCGACGCCAUUGCCGAAAUAAUGGUAACAAACCACUCAAGAGAGAUCAGAGACGUCUCCAGAAGUGUCUAUUAUCAGUUUUUGAUGGAAUACGACCAAAGUAGAGGGAGAUUGGAGAAGCAGUUUAGUUUUUUGGUCUCAAACCUCGAAUAUCCUUCACAAGACGGCCGUCAAUCAGUAAUGGAAUUGAUCAAUCUGAUCGUUAAUAAGUCGAAUCCUGAACUUCUCGCUCGUCUUUUUUCAUCCUUUUUCCUGUCUCUGUCGAACGUUGCUGCAAAUGACAGUUCCCCACGGUGUCGCGAAAUGGGAUCUGCUCUGUUGAAGGCGCUAUUGAUGAAAGUUGGAGAAGAUGGGACAGGGCCCGCUGAAAAAUACAUUUCAGCAUGGCUCAAACAUGAAAACCCUGUUUUUGUUGAACUUGGUUUGAAAAUUUAUAAAAUAUUUGCGGCAGCUGUCUCCAUGGGAAUGAACAAGACGCUCGGUCACUUAGCAAUAUCGAGAGCCAAGGGCAUCAUUUCAGAAUGCUCAGUCGGUUCGAAUACCGAAUGGAAUCUUCUUUACACGGCGUUGAACCUUCUGAGCAACUACGUCGACGUUGUACCUAGUUGUUUCGACAACGACAAUAGUGCUAUGUGGGCUCAUGUGGAAGAUUGUCUUUUGUAUCCACAUCUUUGGGUGAGACUAAUCAGCGCUAGGAUGAUUAUGAAGUAUUUGGCAAAAAGAGAAGAACUCCAGCGCCCUUUGCCCGACUAUGAGCUUCAAACGAUAGCGUACCGGAUAUUUCGGCAGCUAGGUGCCCCGUCAGUAUCGGAGGCAUUAGCUUCCACAGCCGUAAGAAUACUAGCUACAGUUAUGAAAAAGUGGAUCGAAAAUAAAAGUCCUUUUAUCUCGAAUUCCGAAGAGUCAGUGAAGUAUGUGACUGCCAUGGAUUUUGCGUUAGCAAGAAUUGGGUCAAUUUUAAGAGAUGAAGAAAACUUUCAGGAAACUUUCAAUUCCAAAAAAGCUUGUGUUCAAUUAUUUGCUCUAAUAGUACAAAUGAUGAACCAGUCUUUGGUGAAAGAUGUUGCUCCUAAAAUUAUUCUGCCACUGUUCACUUACCUGGAGGAUGAGCGUAAAGUCGUGGAUGAUCAAGUCCAAGAGUUACGACAACUAUCUCAAGAGUGCUUGGAACUGUUGCAGUCGAAACUUUCGGUCACUGAAUUCAGUAGCGCCUAUUCGACGGUCAAACAGGAAAUCAUACAGCGCAGGUACGAAAGAAGAGCCAAACGAGCUACGCUGGCUGUUACUGCACCAGAGGCAGCCGCAAGAAGAAAGCUCAAGAAGCAUGCCAGAUCGAAAGAAAAGAGAAAGCAUGAAAAGGAUGACAACGGCUUCUACCGCGCAAAGAACAAGAAGAGAAAAUUUUAG